GAAAAUCUGCCGGUAGAGCGAGACUCACAACAUGUCUCAUGGAAGUGCAGGACUGCGUGAGAACGUUACACUUUGUUUGUGUUGACAUGCUAAGUUUCCCUUCUCUAUCUGUGAUUUGAAGAUUUUAAGCUGUUCUUGUUACGUUUAUCUACACAAUGUUUUAGUGCUGUUGUAAGAUGAUUAUCGUCUUCCAUGAUUUCAACGUUUCUUCCGUCGAUCUCGACUCCCAAGGGAUUGCAGGAAUUUCGAAGGUGCAGUUUGGUGUCCAUCAUGAAGUUAUUGCCUGAUCACAAUUGUGAUUCUGGCGAUUGGCUGACAUACAGUGUCAGCCCCAAAUUCCAUCAACUAAAAUGAGUUUCAGCCAGAGGCAUCUAAUCUUCAAUGAAAAUUGUCCGAGGCCACCAGUUCCUGGAGAGGAAACGGAUGUGGUGGGCUCUCUUUCGCCCACCCCAGGGUACCCAUAUUUGCCGCCAUGGAAUUUCCAGAAAAAGCACGAAUCACCAGUGCUGACACCACGCCGAUCCAGCUUAGCUGCUGGGUCUCAUUAUACUACCACAGUGGCAGACCACAAUGCUCCUUUGGGCUUCGAGCCCGAAGGUAGCUGUGGAGGUGGGGAUGCCCGAGGACGGUAUCCCCAUGAACAGCCCUCACCUCCGCCUUAUAUGCGAUGGGCUCAAAACCUGCACUAUUUGUUAGAAGAUUCAGAUGGUGUGGAACUUUUCCGUACUUUCCUCAAACAAGAGGGUCAAUUAGACACUUUAGAUUUUUGGUUUGCUUGUGAAGGCUUGAAGAAGCAAACAGAUCAGGAACGAGUUAUUCAACUUGUCAAAGUUAUAUACAGAAAAUUUUUGCAGAAAUCUCAGUUAUCUAUUCCAGAUGAUUUGCGAAAAGAUGUUAACCGAAGGGUAAAGGAAGGCAGAGAGCCUGUACACCCUGGAGUAUUUGACGCUGUACAGGCUGCUGUGGAGCAACUUAUUAGCAAAACAACUUACCCAAAUUUUCUUAAGUCUGAUCUGUACCUUCAGCAUGUCCAAUCCAUGCAGAAUGGCUCCAGUGACAAUGGCGAAUCUGGAUCAUCCAGUGGCAGUAAUAGUAGCAGGGAUCCAGCUGGACUUGCUGGUGGAUGUCCUCUGCCCACACUUCAUGAAGAUGCUGAGUUAUCUAUGUCCGCUUCACUACCACCCUCUGUGUCUACCUCCAUGGCACCUCUCCGGCUCACAAAAGAUAUGCUCCUGGCUACGGAGCGGAGAAGAGCAACAGACCUCAAACCUAAGCCGGAAGCCUAUGCUGGGAUGUACCUCCAGCGCCCCUACCAUAGCCCAUUUUCACUUCAUCCCAACAAUCCCCAUGUUGUUUACAAUUCUUAUAAUCCUGUGUCGCGCCAGGAUAGCGAACUACAAUCCCUCAGCUCUGAUGCCCGCACAGAGUCUGACAAUCUGUCGCUUACAGACAGCUCAAUCGAUGGUAUGUCUUCCAUCGGGAGGUCAAGAACAUCAAAGCGUCAACACAUGAGACAAUAUAGGCAGAUGAGGGAAAGUGCUAGCAUGAAUCGGGACCUUCUUUCUCAUCGCACAGUUAUUCCUCGCACUCAGAUGCUUCAAAAGGAGCAAACUCACACAAUGGCACCUGACAUGUUUGCGGCCAUUCUAAUUCAAAAGCUUGAAAGUGUCAAAAAAGAUCAGGAAGCUCAGGAGAAACUGGAUCGCAAGCUUUUGGAUGUUGAUUUCGAGCGAGAAGAUGUCGCUGGCUCGGAAUCAGGAAUGGCAGAGAAUGCUGUGUCCUCUCGUGCUCUGGCUGAUGCCCUCAGGGAAAAGCUGUCCCUGGAUGAUGAUGAGGACCAGGCAAUCCUCGACCAACAUGUUUCAAGAGUUUGGUCAGAUCUGACGCCAUCGAGAUCCCCUGGCUUUAGCUCACCGAGGCCCAAAAGCCCAGACUCCAGAAGACGAGUUCCAACAGCAGCUUCUACCCUUCUUCCUCCCCCUAAAGCACCUGUGGCUGUGCCCCACCCCUAUCAGACCAGGGCCAGCUACAGUUGCCGUCAUGUCCGAAAGGAAAAGGACGUGUUCUCUACUUUUUCUUCGGACUCUGGCAACGUCCACGAUUACAUGGAGGGCCCCAUCUCGGAGCACAAGCACCACGUGCCGAAGAGCAAAUCGGUGCCGGACUACGUGGAGACCCUCAAGCAGGAGGCGUACCGCGACGCGGACCGAGAGCGCGAGCGCGACCCUGCGGCCAUGCCGCGGUACCGGGACCGGCAGGACCGGCAGGACCGCCAAGGCACGUACCGCCGCUCGUCCAGCAACAGGAAGGCCCUCGCCGACCAGGGCGACAGUGGAGUCUCGGUCGUGUCGGACACGCAGCCGGCCGCGCAGGCUGGCGUGCCGGGCGUGCCGGGCGUGCCGACACAGCUCAAGGACAGCAAGGUCCUCUCCUGGCUGCUGGAGAGCGAGCGGGAGAAGAGUGUGGUGUCGGGGGAGGGCUCGUGGCACGCCCGCAGCGAAACCUCCUCCAAGCACCGCGGCCACCGUGGCGAGCGCGGCCAGGGCCACGGCCAGGGCCACGGCCAGGGCCAGGGUGCCAGCGCCACCUCGCCCAUCGCCUCGCGGCACAGCCGCAAGUCGGGCUCGACGGGCGCUGGGUCCACGACGGGUGGCGCGCACCACAGCGCCUCUCGCUCCGACUCGCUGGAGCGCGCCAUGCCCAUGGCCAUGCCCAUGGCCAUGCCCGUGCCCAUGCCCCUGAGCGGGUGCGGCGGCGUGGGCCCCGCGCAGCCCUUCGUGGCGGACCCCUCCAUGCCGCCCCUGCCGCAGCCCCACACAGCCACGCAGCUGGAGGAGGCUAGACGGCGCCUGAUGGACGACGGACACCGCCAGCGACCGCGGUAUAGCGUGGGCGGCAAGGCUGAACCUUCACACUCCAACCCCUCGACGCUGAGGAGGCCCGCACGGCCGGCUCGACCUGCUGUCGAGGCCCAGGAGAGCACCACCGUUGUCUUCACUUUCUGCGAAGAGCAGUUCCCGUAUAGAACCAAGAUCCCUAGCAGGCCGGUUACUCUAAAACAAUUUAAGGAGUACCUACCUAAAAAGGGAAAUUUCAGGUACUUUUUCAAAACAGAGUGUGAGGAGUUGGACAUGAAGGUAAUCCAAGAGGAGAUAACUGACGAUAAUGAUAUUGUUCCCCUUUGGGAGGGCAAGAUCAUGGCUCAAGUGAAACCAGUUGAAUAACAUGAAAGAAGAGUUCUGUCACCAGAACUUUCUUCAGUUCCUGUUACUUCCCUUGUACCUUGAUAAAUGUGAGACUGUCUUAAAAUGUGUCCUGUAGACACUAACUGACAAUACAUCUCUCUCUUUAAAGAAAUGUAUUUUUUCAAAGAGACGAAUGAAGUUGUAUAAAGUAGAUAUUGUGAUUGAAUUGUAGGAAUGAAAUUCUGUUUCUCACAGACCCAAGAGGCCUUAUUUCUGAGAAUCCAUCUCUUUUGAUAAAGCCUAUUGUUUUCAGUCAUGUGCAAUGAAAUGCAUUAAAUUGUAUAUUAAUUUGUAUCAAAAUAUUUUUUGUAAAUAAGUAUAAAUGUCUUCUAUCUUAAUAGUUUAAGAAGGGACAUUAGUCUCCAUUUAAUGCAUUUUAUUGGAAUCAUGCCAUGUGAAGACCUCAUGUAAGGAGGGAGUGCACUUGUUUGUUAAUUCUGUUUCUUAAUUGUUCAGUUGUGAUUUAAAUUAAGACUUAACUGUGUGACUCACUGAUCUUUCCUUCUCUUUUCAAAAUAAGAAGUUGGGAGGUGUUGCAUUAUCUGAAGAACAACUAAAAGUGCUUGUACAGCCCUAAAUGUAUUUCAAAGUCUUAAUUGUGACCUCAAGUUUUUUUUUUUUUUUUAAAUUGGCUAUUUGUCUUGUCUCAAAGGGCCAUUUCUUUCAAAGUUUUUAAGUUUAAUUUCCUUGUAUCAACUUUGUGCCAUUUUCCUUUCCAUGUGAUGUGAUGUUGUCAAGACCUGCUAGCAAUAUGUGUGUAUACAGCUUUCAUGUGGAGGCUGCACACAAUUCCUUCUAACUUCGAAGGAAAGACUUACAAGUCUGAUCACCCAAAAGGGCUCCUCUAUUCUUAUCUGAUCUUGGAUCAUGCUGAUACUGAGAAUCAACGUGAAUUAUUUCUUUAAUACCUCCUCAUUUCCAAUGAUUGAGACUGCGUUAGAUAUUGCCAUUUUAACUUAAUUCUUGUUAAAGCUCAAAGACUUUCACUGUAAUCACUGUAAAAAAAAGUUAGGUGUUGAAACAAUGUCACCUGACCAGACGGUUCUUUAAAUUAAUUUUUUAAGCAUUAGAAAAAUUGAACUAGUCACGUUUUUAUUUGUCAUAUUUUCAUUUGAGUGGAAGCAAUAUUGCUUCUUAUAUUUAUUGGGAUUGGAGGUUUUCACAUGAUGAUUAAAUAAAGGUUUCCCAGUGACUGUGGUGGAAAAGAUUGGAUUACCAAAGAUCCAUCUUAUCUAAGCACAGCUCAUCCUUGCCAUAUUUCAACUAUUUAUAAUAAUGAAUGAAGUUUGUUGUAUCAAUUGUUCAAAUGCAUUGAAAGACUUGUUAAUUUAUUCUAUUUUUUCUCUAUCAUCCAUAUGCCUGAAAUUACUUGACCUUGGAUGAAGAUGUAUUCUUGUACAAUCUUAAAAAAAAUAUGAACUCUCUUAAUACAGUAUUCUUAUUAAGAGCUUUUCUAGUUCCUUUUGUAUAAAUUUGAUAUGAAUUAUAAUGUAAAUUGUUAUAUAAAACAGUCUGUAAAUUUAUUAAUAAAGUGCAAAGUAAAAAAAUUA